UGGAGGGACCGAGAGGGGCCAGGCGGGCUGCGCGAGCGCCGAGGUGUGGCCUUCCCGACUCGACAUGCUGCCCUGGACCCCCCGGCGGUGGGGCGCGGGCGAAGAGCAGGCGCCCAGGGAACCACGCCCCUCAGCGGGCAGCGGCCUCUCCCAGGCCUGGGACUCCAGAGAGAACGCCCUGGGGGAACAAGGAGCAGCCGCACAGGGCAGUCCUCAGCCCUGGCCUCGAAGGCUUUCCUGGACUCGGAAAGAGAAGCUGCGGCCUCGGCUGCCCCCAGGCCUGGUUGCCAGGCAUUCCCUGGGAACUCCAGUUCCUUUCUCCCCUCAGAGGACUUUGGGGGUGACACCAUCAAAGAUGACCCUGCUAGCGCCCUGGGACCCCAACUAUGAGGCUACAGCAGGAUGUCGGCUGGUGUGGGGACCCAGCUGUGCGUCUGGCGUCUCCUUCUCAGGCCGGACCUUGUACCAUCCCUCAUUCUGGCCUCUGUACCAAGCAGCCUCAUGCAGGGACCUCAGGCCCAGUCUAGCAGGACAUCAGAGUGAAGAGCAAGUGCCCAGGGCUGCAGGGUUCCCGGUGAUGUGCUCUGACGACGUCUUCUUUUUGGACCCUCUGCUGCCCCGUGGGCAGCGUGUUCCCCUGUACCUGUCUGAGGUCCCUCAGCAGGUGAUGGGCUCUCUGAAGCUGCUGCUGCCACGUCCAAUCAUGUCCCCCUGGCUCCUCCCCAUUCCAUCUUCAGGCUGCUCCACUACCUGGCUCAGUGGGCCAGAGCUGAUCGCCCUCACUGGCCUCCUGCAGAUGAGCCAGGGGGAACCAAGACCCAGCUCCUCAGGGGCUCCCGGGCUCCCUUCUGGCCCCCCAGCCCCUGCCUCUGAUCACCCAGCUGCCAGUGGUGGCCCAGGCUGUUCUCACUGCGGGGAACCAUCUCUCCCUGGGACCCCAGACGCCCAAGGUCCAUAGCUCCUCCAGGGACAGAAUGGGUCCUUUAC